GCACACGACACCUACCCGUACUUGCCUCUCCGCAACUGCCACUAUGCGCCGUUCAUCCAGCAUCAGCAGCAUCAGCUCGUCCAGCUCCGAAUCCGAGGACACGAUGCAGAUCUUCGUCAAGACGGUAUCCGGCAGCAGCACAAUCCCCCUCACAAUCCCCUCAAACACAUCGAUAAGCACCCUGCGCUCUCUCCUCGCUCUCCGAACCAACCUCUCCACGCCCUCGGAUCUGCGCAUCGUCCACGCCGGCAAGCACCUUUCCUCAUCCGACACCACCUUGGCUGAUUACGCCAUCGGCCCCAACUCGACUCUCCACCUCGCACUCCCGCUCCGCGGCGGCAUGCCCCCAAAGAAGAUCCGUUGUUCCUUCAAGGACUGCAAGGACCGCGCACAACCCAUUGUCGGUGACUGCGGCUUCUGCCAGGGCAGGCACUGCAGCCGUCAUCGCAUGCUCGAGGAUCACAAGUGCGAGGGACUGGAGGACUGCAAGAAGGAGAGCCACGACCGGAAUGCGGACAAGCUGAACAGCGAGCGCACCGUUGCUAUCAAGGGUGUUUAGACGAGACAUGCGAUAUGCGAUAUGCAGACAUGAUAUCCCCUCGGGCGAUUUGGCCAUGGCCAUCUGCAGCUCUGCUUUCCACGCCCUGACGUAGUGGCGCUGGGAGCUUCUUUUUUUUGACUCUUCAGCUUCUGAUUUCGAACACGGGACAGUAAUCUUUCGUCCCUGGAGCAUGGCGUUAUGAGGCAAGCGUCUAGCGAACUUGUAUUUGUAGCUAGAGUAAUGACAGCCAUUCGUAUUCCAUGACGUGCUUUUGUCUGCUGUGGUGCAACACUGUGUCUCGUGUGACGUGUCAUCUAACCUGCUGUCUUCACACUCAAGCUCGUCGCAUUAUUGACUACACGAUGACAUUGCUCGAAAGCUGUCCCAUCACUCGAGUAGAGAGAAUAUACACCAUGAAAGCCG